AUGCCUCGCUGGAACUUUGAGCUCACCAAAGACGUUCUGACGCAGCCAGAAAAGCAACAGCUGGCCACCGACAUCACAAACCUCUACUACGAGAAAGGCCUUCCAAAGUUUCUCAUCAACGUCAUAUACAAUGAGCAUCCAGUUGGGGGAUACUUCGCAGGUGCAAAGAGCCCAGCGAAGGCUGUAUUCUUCAUCAUCUCGCACGCGGCUCGUGCUUUCCCCGAUGAAGAGUCCGCAUUGCAAUUUCACAAAGAGGUUGAUGAUAUCAUAAGGCCGUUGCUUGAGCCCAAGGGAUUGAAGUGGGAAUGCAAUAUUUACGAGCAAUCGUCAUACCAUUGGAGGGUCAAUGGGGUCAGGCCGCCAGUGAUGGGGUCGGAUGGGAUGAAGAAGUGGGUUGAAGAGGAUAGGCCAACUUGA